AUGUCUGCGGAGGUGGAUCUCCUGCAGGAGGCCAAAGAAAGCAUCGAAGCUGCUCAGAACUAUCGCAGUGAGCUCCAGCUGAGACUACAGGGACUGAACCAGGCCAGAUCACAGGUGCGGGGCAGCUCCACUCAGGCCCGGGACGCCCUCCGCAGACACUUCUUGGAGCUGCAGUCCUCCGCCUCUCGGCUGCUGGAGGAGCGGCUGGAGGCGCUGCUGCAGGAGGUGGAGGAGAUCGAGGCCCAGAGCAUCAAACCCCUGGACGACUGUCAGGUCCUGAUCGAGCACGGAGUGGGCCAGGCCGACGACCUGCUGCGAGAGGGUACGCAGACUCAGGGACCACAGCCAGAGGAGAGAGGAGGCUCAGGGACCACAGCCAGAGGAGAGAGGAGGCGCAGGGACCACAGCCAGAGGAGAGAGGAGGCUCAGGGACCACAGCCAGAGGAGAGAGGAGGCUCAGGGACCACAGCCAGAGGAGAGAGGAGGCUCAGGGACCACAGCCAGAGGAGAGAGGAGGCUCAGGGACCACAGCCAGAGGAGAGAGGAGGCGCAGGGACCACAGCCAGAGGAGAGAGGAGGCUCAGGGACCACAGCCAGAGGAGAGAGGAGGCGCAGGGACCACAGCCAGAGGAGAGAGGAGGCUCAGGAACCACAGCCAGAGGAGAGAGGAGGCUCAGGGACCACAGCCAGAGGAGAGAGGAGGCUCAGGGACCACAGCCAGAGGAGAGGGACCACACCAGAGGAGGCGCAGGGACCACAGCCAGAGGAGAGAGGAGGCUCAGGGACCACAGCCAGAGGAGAGAGGAGGCUCAGGGACCACAGCCAGAGGAGAGAGGAGGCUCAGGGACCACAGCCAGAGGAGAGAGGAGGCUCAGGGACCACAACCAGAGGAGAGAGGAGGCUCAGGGACCACAGCCAGAGGAGAGAGGAGGCUCAGGGACCACAGCCAGAGGAGAGAGGAGGCUCAGGGACCACAGCCAGAGGAGAGAGGAGGCGCAGGGACCACAGCCAGAGGAGAGAGGAGGCUCAGAGACCACAACCAGAGGAGAGAGGAGGCUCAGGGACCACAGCCAGAGGAGAGAGGAGGCUCAGGGACCACAGCCAGAGGAGAGAGGAGGCUCAGGGACCACAGCCAGAGGAGAGAGGAGGCGCAGGGACCACAGCCAGAGGAGAGAGGAGGCUCAGGGACCACAGCCAGAGGAGAGAGGAGAGAGGAGGCGCAGGGACCACAACCAGAGGAGAGAGGAGGCGCAGGGACCACAGCCAGAGGAGAGAGGAGGCUCAGGGACCACAGCCAGAGGAGAGAGGAGAGAGGAGGCGCAGGGACCACAACCAGAGGAGAGAGGAGGCGCAGGGACCACAGCCAGAGGAGAGAGGAGGCUCAGGGACCACAGCCAGAGGAGAGAGGAGGCGCAGGGACCACAGCCAGAGGAGAGAGGAGGCUCAGAGACCACAGCCAGAGGAGAGAGGAGGCUCAGGGACCACAGCCAGAGGAGAGAGGAGGCGCAGGGACCACAGCCAGAGGAGAGAGGAGGCUCAGAGACCACAACCAGAGGAGAGAGGAGGCUCAGGGACCACAGCCAGAGGGAGAGAGGAGGCUCAGGGACCACAGCCAGAGGAGAGAGGAGGCUCAGGGACCACAGCCAGAGGAGAGAGGAGGCGCAGGGACCACAGCCAGAGGAGAGAGGAGGCUCAGGGACCACAGCCAGAGGAGAGAGGAGAGAGGAGGCGCAGGGACCACAACCAGAGGAGAGAGGAGGCGCAGGGACCACAGCCAGAGGAGAGAGGAGGCUCAGGGACCACAGCCAGAGGAGAGAGGAGGCUCAGGGACCACAGCCAGAGGAGAGAGGAGGCUCAGGGACCACAGCCAGAGGAGAGAGGAGGCUCAGGGACCACAGCCAGAGGAGAGAGGAGGCUCAGGGACCACAGCCAGAGGAGAGAGGAGGCUCAGGACCACAGCCAGAGGAGAGAGGAGGCUCAGGGACCACAGCCAGAGGAGAGAGGAGGCUCAGGGACCACAGCCAGAGGAGAGAGGAGGCGCAGGGACCACAGCCAGAGGAGAGAGGAGGCGCAGGGACCACAGCCAGAGGAGAGAGGAGGCGCAGGGACCACAGCCAGAGGAGAGAGGAGGCGCAGGGACCACAGCCAGAGGAGAGAGGAGGCGCAGGGACCACAGCCAGAGGAGAGAGGAGGCUCAGGGACCACAGCCAGAGGAGAGAGGAGGCUCAGGGACCACAGCCAGAGGAGAGAGGAGGCGCAGGGACCACAGCCAGAGGAGAGAGGAGGCUCAGGGACCACAGCCAGAGGAGAGAGGAGAGAGGAGGCGCAGGGACCACAACCAGAGGAGAGAGGAGGCGCAGGGACCACAGCCAGAGGAGAGAGGAGGCUCAGGGACCACAGCCAGAGGAGAGAGGAGGCUCAGGGACCACAGCCAGAGGAGAGAGGAGGCUCAGGGACCACAGCCAGAGGAGAGAGGAGGCGCAGGGACCACAGCCAGAGGAGAGAGGAGGCGCAGGGACCACAGCCAGAGGAGAGAGGAGGCGCAGGGACCACAGCCAGAGGAGAGAGGAGGCUCAGGGACCACAGCCAGAGGAGAGAGGAGGCUCAGGGACCACAGCCAGAGGAGAGAGGAGGCUCAGGGACCACAGCCAGAGGAGAGAGGAGGCUCAGGGACCACAGCCAGAGGAGAGAGGAGGCUCAGGGACCACAGCCAGAGGAGAGAGGAGGCUCAGGGACCACAGCCAGAGGAGAGAGGAGGCGCAGGGACCACAGCCAGAGGAGAGAGGAGGCUCAGAGACCACAACCAGAGGAGAGAGGAGGCUCAGGGACCACAGCCAGAGGAGAGAGGAGGCUCAGGGACCACAGCCAGAGGAGAGAGGAGGCUCAGGGACCACAGCCAGAGGAGAGAGGAGGCUCAGGGACCACAGCCAGAGGAGAGAGGAGGCUCAGGGACCACAGCCAGAGGAGAGAGGAGGCGCAGGGACCACAGCCAGAGGAGAGAGGAGGCUCAGGGACCACAGCCAGAGGAGAGAGGAGGCUCAGAGACCACAGCCAGAGGAGAGAGGAGGCUCAGGGACCACAGCCAGAGGAGAGAGGAGGCUCAGGGACCACAGCCAGAGGAGAGAGGAGGCUCAGGGACCACAGCCAGAGGAGAGAGGAGGCUCAGGAACCACAGCCAGAGGAGAGAGGAGGCUCAGGGACCACAGCCAGAGGAGAGAGGAGGCUCAGGGACCACAGCCAGAGGAGAGAGGAGGCUCAGGGACCACAGCCAGAGGAGAGAGGAGGCUCAGGGACCACAGCCAGAGGAGAGAGGAGGCUCAGGGACCACAGCCAGAGGAGAGAGGAGGCUCAGGGACCACAGCCAGAGGAGAGAGGAGGCGCAGGGACCACAGCCAGAGGAGAGAGGGGGCUCAGGGACCACAGCCAGAGGAGAGAGGAGGCUCAGAGACCACAGCCAGAGGAGAGAGGAGGCUCAGGGACCACAGCCAGAGGAGAGAGGAGGCUCAGGGACCACAGCCAGAGGAGAGAGGAGGCUCAGGGACCACAGCCAGAGGAGAGAGGAGGCUCAGGGACCACAGCCAGAGGAGAGAGGAGGCGCAGGGACCACAGCCAGAGGAGAGAGGAGGCUCAGGGACCACAGCCAGAGGAGAGAGGAGGCGCAGGGACCACAGCCAGAGGAGAGAGGAGGCUCAGAGAACACAGCCAGAGGAGAGAGGAGGCUCAGGGACCACAGCCAGAGGAGAGAGGAGGCUCAGGGACCACAGCCAGAGGAGAGAGGAGGCUCAGGGACCACAGCCAGAGGAGAGAGGAGGCUCAGGGACCACAGCCAGAGGAGAGAGGAGGCUCAGGGACCACAGCCAGAGGAGAGAGGAGGCGCAGGGACCACAGCCAGAGGAGAGAGGCCAGCUCAGGGACCACAGCCAGAGGAGAGAGGAGGCUCAGGGACCACAGCCAGAGGAGAGAGGAGGCGCAGGGACCACAGCCAGAGGAGAGAGGAGGCUCAGGGACCACAGCCAGAGGAGAGAGGAGGCUCAGGGACCACAGCCAGAGAGAGAGGAGGCCAGGGACCACAGCCAGAGGAGAGAGGAGGCUCAGGGACCACAGCCAGAGGAGAGAGGAGGCUCAGGGACCACAGCCAGAGGAGAGGAGGGAGGCUCAGGGACCACAGCCAGAGGAGAGAGGAGGCUCAGGGAACACAGCCAGAGGAGAGAGGAGGCUCAGGGACCACAGCCAGAGGAGAGAGGAGGCGCAGGGACCCACAGCCAGAGGAGAGAGGAGGCUCAGGGACCACAGCCAGAGGAGAGAGGAGGCUCAGGGACCACAGCCAGAGGAGAGAGGAGGCUCAGGGACCACAGCCAGAGGAGAGAGGAGGCUCAGGGACCACAGCCAGAGGAGAGAGGAGGCUCAGGGACCACAGCCAGAGGAGAGAGGAGGCGCCAGGUCAGGACCACAGCCAGAGGAGAGAGGAGGCUCAGGGACCACAGCCAGAGGAGAGAGGAGGCUCAGGGACCACAGCCAGAGGAGAGAGGAGGCUCAGGGACCACAGCCAGAGGAGAGAGAGGAGGCUCAGGGACCACAGCCAGAGGAGAGAGGGAGGCCAGGACCACAGCCAGAGGAGAGAGGAGGCUCAGGGACCACAGCCAGAGGAGAGAGGAGGCGCAGGGACCACAGCCAGAGGAGAGAGGAGGCUCAGGACCACAGCCAGGAGAGAGAGAGGAGGCAGCCAGGAAGAGGAGGCCACAGCCAGAGGAGAGAGGAGGCUCAGGGACCACAGCCAGAGGAGAGAGGAGGCUCAGGGACCACAGCCAGAGGAGAGAGGAGGCUCAGGGACCACAGCCAGAGGAGAGAGGAGGCUCAGGGACCACAGCCAGAGGAGAGAGGAGGCUCAGGGACCACAGCCAGAGGAGAGAGGAGGCUCAGGGACCACAGCCAGAGAGAGAGGAGGCUCAGGGACCACAGCCAGAGGAGAGAGGCUCAGGACCACAGAGAGGAGAGAGGAGGCUCAGGGACCACAGCCAGAGGAGAGAGGAGGCUCAGGGACCACAGCCAGAGGAGAGAGGAGGCUCAGGGACCACAGCCAGAGGAGAGAGGAGGCUCAGGGACCACAGCCAGAGGAGAGAGGAGGCUCAGGGACCACAGCCAGAGGAGAGAGGAGGCUCAGGGAACACAGCCAGAGGAGAGAGGAGGCUCAGGGACCACAGCCAGAGGAGAGAGGAGGCUCAGGGACCACAGCCAGAGGAGAGAGGAGGCUCAGGGACCACAGCCAGAGGAGAGAGGAGGCUCAGGGACCACAGCCAGAGGAGAGAGGAGGCUCAGGGACCACAGCCAGAGGAGAGAGGAGAGAGGAGGCUACAGACUUAA